AUGACGUGCGCAACCGAAGUCGCGCGCCUGCGCGUCGCGGCCAUCAUGGAAGGCACGCUGGCCGUGGAGACGCAGACGGCGGCGGCCAAGCGGCUGUAUGACGCGCGCGCGGCCAGCUACGACGACUCCUGGCACCCGCAGUUUGCGCAGGCCUUCGUGGACCGGCUGCAGCUGGAGCCCGGCGCCAAGGUGCUCGAUCUGGCCUGUGGCACCGGGCUGCUGACAUUCCUCGCGGCCGAGCGCGUGGGGCCGACGGGCUCCGUCACCGGCGUCGAUGUUAGUGGUGGUAUGCUAGCGCAAGCGCGCCGGAAGCUAGAGAGCGGGGCGGCGCCCGUCCGGCAUCAGCGUCAGAAGAAAAAGGUGGAAGAUGAAGAUUUGCUGCUCGUCAACGUCGACGAUGACAACAACAACGCCGAUCAUGACGGUGGCGAUGCGGAAAAAGAACAGCCGCAGCCCGACCGCUGGAAGCACGUGCGCCUGUUCGAGCACAGCGUCACGGACCUGGACUCGCUCGAUGCCCUAGCCGCCGAGAAGGGCAGCUUCGACCUCAUCACCAUGGCCUCGGCCCUCGUGCUGCUGCCAGACCCCGAGGCCGCCAUCCGCAGCUGGCUGCCUUACCUCAAGCCCGGCGGCCUGCUCGCGCUCGACGUGCCGCACCCGCAGAACCAGCUCGCCGGCAUCGUCCUCGAGCGCGUCGGCCGCCGCAUGGGCGUCGCCGUGCCCUACCACCGCACCUGGGUCCUCGACGAGCUCUCCCUCCCCGACCUCCUCUCCGGCGCCGCAGGGCUGCAAGUCCUCGCCACCGAGCUCAUCACCCAGGAAGGGUACGGCGAGCGCUAUUUGCCAACUGACGCGCGCGAGAUGGAAGCGCAGUUCGCGAAAAUGAUCGGCAGCGAGUCCGGCAGGGGCUUCGGCCGCAACCGCGGGCCCAAGUGGGAGGAGGCACGCCGGUUGUUUUACGAGGAGUGGCUGCUCGAGGCGGAAAGGUCGGACGUGCCGCACGGCGUCAAGGAGGUCGACGGCGUCUGGCUGACGACCGCCCGCAAGCCGCCCGUCGCCGGCUCCUGCCGCUGCGGCGACGUCCGCUACACCGUCUGCACCGCCCGCCCAAACGACUCGAGUUUCUGCCACUGCCGCACGUGUCAGAAGAUGGGUGGCAUGGGGGGUAAUGGGUUCGUUGCGUUUAACGUGAAGGAUGUCACGUGGCUGGAGGACUCGGAGCGUGUAUUGAGGCUGGCCCCGGCUUUCUCGCGGAAGGCGGUACGGGCGUUUUGCGAAAGAUGCGGUGCGCCCGUGUGGAUGCGGUACAGGACGCAGCCAGAUGGCCCGCUGGAGGGCGUCGUCUGGCUCGCGCUGAGUACCGUGGAUGAGGGACUGCCGGAGGACUUUAGGAUUGCGAUGCGGAUUUUUCUGGAUGAGAAACCGCCGUGGGAGCGGGUGCCGGACGACGGUGCGGAGAGGUGGAGGUUUCAGGCGGGUGGGGAGAGGUGGGUGGAAUGA